AUGCAAUUGCAUGUCUUCGUCGUACACUGCACUUGGUUCUAUUCCUCAGCUGUGGACAUCCGGGAUGGGGAUGAAACCCUGCGCCACCACGCAACCAUGUCAAGAACAGUUCGAACCCGGUUCAGCUGGACUCCCGGACACGCUUCGGCUGGCGGGGACGGGAUUUUUUGUAAGCGGCGGGUCGAGGAUAGAGUCAUUUUCAUAGAUGGGUUGAACCUGGAUACAAUGCUGAAACUACAACUCAUUGGAAGAGAGAAAUAA